CAUAUCACAGCAACAUAACCUUCCCCUCCUCAUCGGAGCACAGCUAUUCCUGACUCGCAUUUUCUGGUCGACCUUCUCACUUCUUCUGGAUGACCUUUUAGAAAUUACUUUGUUAGUUCUGGUGUGGUAUCAUUAGGAUAAUUGUUUGUUCUGUUCUUUCUGCUUAAAUAUUAAUGAUUCUGAGGAAGUCAAAAGAUAGCUUCAGUAAUGGUUGUCACGGAGUAAAAUGGAUGGUAGCUUUGACUGUGAUUGUGGUGAGCUGGAGCCACCUGAUCAUUAACAGAAGGCAUCUUUUGUAAAUCAAGAGCUGCCAGUUUCCCGUUUAACUAGACUGUAAACAAAGGAGAGGAAAAAAAAAGGAGGAAGAAGGAAAAAAAUAGUGCUUACCAGCACCGUAGAAUGACGCUGCUCAGGACCAGUCCAACACUGAAUGUAUCUGCACUGUGAGGAGGAGGAUGUUAAUAGAAGCCUAUUACGUGCAUAUUUAUUCACAUUUUUGUUAAAUGUUAACCAGUUUAGCACAGUAGAGCUGAGUGCAUAGUAUGUCAUUUCAUUCCGUUUGAGUUUCUUGUAUUUUCUUUAAUGUCUGCAGAAAUGCUGCACCUUUCUUGAACUAUGAAUGCUGCAAUCUUUCUAUCUUAUGCUCGGUUUGAGUUCUAGAGCUUACGAGCUCUAAUUUCAAGGGGACACAACAGGCCUGGCUGGCUCAUAAUGAAAUGAGAGUGUCAAGAAACCAUCUUGCAGUCAAAGCCAAGUGUUUCUUCUCCCUUUCUGCAAGACCUUUCCUCCAGAUACCAGUGGAAGUGUCUCCGUGUGUUUACAGAAGCUUAGUAGUUUGAGGAAAAAGAAGCGUAAAGAAUUUUAAAAUGGCAGAAAAAUUUGAAAGUCUCAUGAACAUUCAUGGUUUUGAUCUGGGCUCUCGGUAUAUGGACUUAAAACCACUGGGCUGUGGUGGAAAUGGCUUAGUUUUUUCUGCUGUCGAUAAUGACUGUGAUAAAAGAGUGGCCGUCAAGAAAAUUGUCCUUACGGAUCCCCAGAGUGUUAAACAUGCUCUACGUGAGAUCAAAAUUAUUCGAAGACUUGACCAUGAUAACAUUGUCAAAGUAUUUGAAAUUCUUGGUCCUAGUGGAAGCCAGUUAACAGAUGAUGUGGGCUCCCUUACAGAAUUGAACUGUGUUUACAUUGUCCAGGAAUACAUGGAGACAGAUCUGGCUAAUCUGCUAGAGCAAGGCCCUUUAUUGGAAGAUCAUGCCAGGCUUUUUAUGUACCAGCUGCUACGUGGGCUCAAGUAUAUUCACUCUGCAAAUGUUCUGCAUAGAGAUCUCAAACCAGCUAAUCUUUUCAUUAAUACUGAAGACUUGGUGCUGAAGAUUGGUGACUUUGGUCUUGCACGAAUCAUGGAUCCUCAUUAUUCCCACAAGGGCCAUCUUUCCGAAGGACUAGUUACUAAAUGGUACAGAUCGCCCCGUCUUUUGCUUUCUCCUAACAACUACACUAAAGCCAUUGACAUGUGGGCUGCAGGUUGCAUCUUUGCUGAAAUGCUGACUGGGAAAACCCUCUUUGCAGGUGCACAUGAACUUGAACAGAUGCAGUUGAUCCUAGAAUCAAUUCCUGUUGUACACGAGGAGGACCGUCAGGAGCUUCUCAAUGUAAUUCCAGUUUACAUUAGAAAUGAUAUGACUGAGCCACACAAACCUUUAACUCAGUUGCUUCCAGGCAUCAGUCCUGAAGCACUGGACUUUCUGGAGCAAAUUUUGACAUUUAGUCCCAUGGAUCGCUUGACAGCAGAAGAAGCUUUGUCCCAUCCUUAUAUGAGCAUUUAUUCCUUUCCAACGGAUGAGCCUAUUUCAAGUCAUCCUUUUCACAUUGAAGACGAGGUUGAUGAUAUUCUGCUGAUGGAUGAAAGUCACAGCCAUAUUUACAACUGGGAAAGAUACCAUGAAAGUCAGUUUUCAGACCAUGACUGGCCUAUUCAUAAUAACUAUGAAGCUGAUGAAGUUCAGCGUGAUCCAAGGGCUCUUUCUGAUGUUACUGAUGAGGAAGAAGUGCAAGUAGAUCCUCGCAAAUAUUUGGAUGGAGAUCGUGAAAAGUAUCUGGAGGAUCCUGCCUUUGACACCCACUUCUCUACUGAGCCUUGCUGGCAGUAUUCAGAUCACCAUGAAAACAAGUAUUGUGAUCUGGAAUGUAGUCACACUUGUAAUUACAAAAUGCGGUCAUCUUCAUACCUAGAUAAUUUAGUUUGGCGAGACAGUGAGGUUAACCAUUACUAUGAGCCCAAGCUUAUUAUAGAUCUUUCAAACUGGAAGGAACAGAGCAAAGAAAAGUCUGAUAAGAAAGGCAAGUCUAAAUGUGAAAAGAAUGGGUUGGUGAAAGCUCAGAUAGCACUCGAGGAAGCAUCGCAGCAACUUGUUGAAAAAGAAAGGGAGAAGAAUAAAGGAUUUGACUUUGAUUCCUUUAUAGCAGAAACCAUUCAGCUUAGUUUACAACACGAGUCUACUGAUGUUGAUAAAUUAAAUGACUUGAAUAGCUCAGUGUCUCAAAUAGAGUUGAAAGGAUUGAUCUCAAAGUCAGUAAGCAGAGAGAAGCAGGAGAAAGGAAUGGCUAAUUUGGCGCAGUUAGAAGCUCUGUACCAAACUUCUUGGGACAGUCAGUUUGUAGGUAGUGGGGAGGAGUGCUUCCUCAUAGACCAGUUCUGUUGUGAAGUAAGAAAAGAUGAACAAGUUGAAAAAGAAAAUACUUACACCAGUUACUUGGACAAAUUUUUUAGUAAGAAAGAAGAUGCUGAAAUGCUAGAACCUGAGCCAGUAGAAGAGGGGAAGCUUGGGGAGAAGGAGAGAGAAGAGAGCUUUCUCAGUAACAGUGGAGAACUCCUCUUCAACAAGCAGCUUGAGGCUAUAGGUAUUCCUCAGUUUCACAGCCCUGUUGGUUCGCCACUGAAAUCAAUACAGGCCACGUUAACGCCUUCUGCUAUGAAAUCAUCUCCCCAAAUUCCCCACAAAACAUACAGCAGCAUUCUGAAACAUCUAAAUUAAAACACUCAGCAGACUUUUCUUU